AUGCCCCGGUCGAAGUACUCCCGGCCUUGCGACUGGUGCUCUGCCCGCAAGGUCCGCUGCGACGACUUGCGGCCGUGCUCUCGCUGUGUCAAGAAGGGGAUCGAGUGCACGCUGAACCGGGUCCGCAAGAAGUGUGGGCCCAAACGGAAACACGAGCGGGAAGAGGCACUGCCGGUGUCGUUCGAACCGAUUGCCGUUGACCGUCUCGCCCCCGUAUUGGCCGCCUACGACGCCUGGUACUACGGCUGGUGGCCGGUAGUCACUUACACCGACCUCGUCGCCGAGAUCCGCCAGCUGGACGACCUCAUGGGCCACGCCUCCUCCUACGCCUACGCGCUUCUGUUGGCGAUUCUGGCGGCGAUCCUGCGCAAACUCGAGUUCUUGAGGCAGCUGCCGUUCGACCUCGCCGAAGCCGUCCACCACCUGCGGAUGAUCGAGCUCUGUCUCCGCCUCCGCGAGAUGUACAACCACACCAGCGUCGCCUCCUAUUAUACCAUCGCCACCGAGCUUUUCCUCUGGGUGUACUAUAUCAACAUGCCCCACGGCACCGCCCGUGCCAUUGUCCACUUGCGCAGCGCCUGUCUGUUGGCCCAAGUGCUCAAGCUUCAUUUGCCCGCCACCUACGACGGGUACGACCCCCGCACCCGCCACCGCAUGCGCAAGCUCUGGUACUGUCUCGUGUGCACCGACCGGUUCAUGUGCGUCGAGGACGGGUUCCCCAUCGUCCUCCGCACCCACAUCCCGUUGCCUAACCCUGAAGACGAGGUGCUUGAAACAGACCCGCACCUGCUUGAGAACCCCGUCGACAAUAUGGGGUUGCCGUCCAAGUGUGACGUCAUCGACGGGUUCAACCGCAUCUCCCAGGUAUACAUCGCCCCCGACGCCUUCUUCUACGAUAGCGUCGCCGACCUGUUUGGCCACGACGACUUUAUCGUGCAAGAAUCGCCCUACGGGGCUUUGGCAGCGCAGGAGAUCAUGGCGCUGGUGCUGGCAGUGAUGGAAGCCAACGCCUACUUGCCCUUGGACGGAGCAACGCCUUUUGACACUGACGUCGUACCUCCGGACGAACUGGGACUCUUGCCGUCUCAGAUCCACCUCAUCUCGACGCAAGCGAGCUUGGACCAGUGUCAAAGUACCCCGAGGCUCUCGCACGUGCUGGCCCUCAAUGUCAUUCUCACCAAGUUUUGGUUGAAACUGGUGGUGUGGAACUCCGGGUGUCUCCGCAUGUUGUUGCUGGAGCUGGCACCGCAAUUGCUGUGGAAAUACCCCACGACCAUUGCCUAUGAUCUUCUUGCCGCCACCACCGCGUUUCCACCUAUGGUAUUCGAGUCUAACGGCCCCGGGGUGGUGGUGAAACUCCUCGGUAUUGCCAACGGCGUCGCCAACAGCAUCGCCUACAUUCAAGACCCGCUGUCGAUUGCCGGUCAAUCGACGCGCCGCCCCGAAGACAAUUACCGGAUGUUCAACGCGUUAUACCUGCUAUUCCUGUUGGUGACCACGUUCAAAACGGCAAUCAAGCUCCCGGCAGGCCUUUACCACAAAAUCGAGCGCAUCGUGCUGACCCAACCCAUCCCGAGGCUGAUCUCUUACCAACACCGUCCGUCGCUGGGGUCUGACCUGCUGGUUACGCCCACGGUAUCGCCGAUCCCGCCGAUAUUCCGUAGCCACUCCGACCAGCAGGUGAACCCGUACCCAAGCAUUAAGGAAGAGUUGGAAAGCUACUCGUUCGAUACAAAUUCAGCAGCGCACGUGACGUACUUAUAA